AUGAAUCAACAUCAAACUAAUUAUGGUUUACCAAAUCGAGUUUCUCAUAUUUCAAAUUUAUUUCCAUUAGCAAAUAUCGAUGAAGAUGAAAGAUAUAUCGCGAAUUUUAUUAAUCAACGUUUAACUUUAGAUUCUUCGGGAACAUCAGGCAGAGCAAAGACUAUUAUGCAACCUAUUCUUACUGAAGAUAUUUCAUUAUUCAAUAACACAGGUUUUUUUCCCAAUCAACUUCGUCGUUCGGAAAUUUCCUAUCCAUAUGAAUAUAAACUACCAGUGAAUAUUAAACAAAAUUCCGGUGCUACAUUACGACAUAGUUUAAUGAAUAUGAAUGAUUUUAAUGAAGAAAUACCAAUUAAUAUAAAUCAUUUACGUCGUCAACAAACAGGAGGAAUUAAAAAAAGAAUCAAAUCUAUUUCAAAAGUACGCGUUAUUGAUCAUUAUGCAGAACCAAUAGAAAGUGCUAUUCAACUUGAUCAUCGUCAACAUUCAGCUUUAUCACAACCAAUUACAUAUAAAAUUCCUGUUCAUAUUCAACCAUCAACUGGUACAAUUUUAAAAACACAUUAUGCAACAACAGAAGAAGAAGAACUACCACACGAAAGAUCGGUUCGUUUUGCUCAAUUACGUAAACCUAUAUUUGCAUCAUCGAAUACAACGAAACGAUUAGUUUCAUCGAUAAUCGAACCAAGUGCAUUCAUUGAUAUACCAAUUAUUAAUGAAACUUCUAUUCAUCUUGAUCGUGUUCAUCAUCCGAUGAAACCACAAAUUAUUCAAUAUAAACCUUCACCAAAUAUUCAAUCAUCAAUGGGUUCAAUAUUUCAAACAAGACUAGCACUAAGUCAAGAAGAAUCACCUGAAGAAAAAUCGUUUUAUGUUAAUCAAUUUCGACAUCCAACUAUUAAACAUUCACCGAAUAAUGAAAGAGAAUGGGUUUGGAUGUAA